GGUAGAAUACAAGAGGGUCCCGAAGAGGCCAUCAACGUCGACGUUGACGGUGUAAACGCCGAGGCCGCCUCCGCGGCGUUCCAGUUCGUCGUUUGACGUUCCAUUGAAAAUCUCGAGGUUGCAGACCUUACCUAGGUGCUUCAGAAAUGUCCCAAGGAAACGGCGGCAACCCGACGCCGAAGAAACGCGAGAUCAACUGGAUCCUCGUGCUCUGGUACAUCCAUCUCCACGUGCUGGGACUCUACAGCUUGCUUCUCCUCUUCACCGAGGCUAAAUGGAUGACGGUGUUCUUUACUUUUCUUAUCAUCGGCCUGGCCCAGGUAGGAAUCGCUGCCGGUGCUCACAGAUUAUGGACGCACGAAACUUUCGAAGCUUCAAAGCCCGUCAGGAUUUUUCUGAUGUUGGCGCACACUCUGGCUGGGGUUGGUCCGAUUUACGACUGGGUCCUCAUGCACAAAAUCCACCACAAGUUCUACGGCACCGACAAGGAUCCGUUCAAUCACAAUAGAGGCUUCAUUUACAGCCAUUUUUUAACCAACGUAAUGACCCCCCAUCCCGAUCAGGAACAAAUCGAACGAGAUAUCGACAUGCGCGACAUCGAGAGUGACGGAGUCGUUUGGAUUCAGCGGAGGUUCUACUGGUUGAUGUUCAUCAUAGUUGGUCUUCUGCUUCCGAUAAAUGCUCCUGCCGAAUAUUGGGGCGAGUCGAUAGCAAAUUCCGUCCUCAUUCUGGGUUUCUUCAGACUCGCCAUCAGCUUGCACAUGUCCUGGCUGGUGAACAGCGCCAUGCUCAUAUGGGGCCUGAGUCCUGGAGACAAGUACCCAGUAGACGAUAAUUCGGUAUUCAUCGUGAGAAAAUCCUACUGGCCGAAUUAUCACUAUUUAUUGCCGUGGGACUGGAAAUGCGGUGAGUUCGGGACGUACGACAGUGGAUGCAUAACCUUCCUGAUAAGGUCCUGGGCAUCCUUGGGUUUGGUGACAAAGCUAAAAACCGCAACUACCGAAGCGAUAAGAGACACCUUGGGAAAGGCCGCCACCAAGAAGAAGACUAUGAAAGAGUCUCUGGACGAGCUGAAGAAUGUAUCCGAAGAGGACGCUAUCAAAAUGACGCUCCAGGCUGUACAUUGAUAGCGGGAGAAGUAAAGUUUCGAUUAAGAAGUUAGGAGGAAACCUACGAAUUGUCAUUGCGCCCUUUAUCAUCGAUUACGCAAGAAGCCGACUCGAUCGUUUGCAACUUACUUCUGCGAACAUGUCUAUCGCGACUCUACAUGGCCACAUAGUGGUUUUCUUUAAAGAAUUAAUUGUGUUUAAGUGCCAGCCAUCGUGCGACUUAUUAACUUCGAGGAUCAUGUCGAAAAAUUGAAGCAUUGCGACACACAUCAUUACACCCUAUCACCUUAGCCCGCUUUACGUAAAUUCUGCAGCCAAGUUAACCGUAUCAAUUUCCCGCAUUAAGUAUUCCCGGCUCUAAAAUAACAAAACACAGUGGAUAAGAUGAUUCCCCGCAUUAAAGUGUCUUAAAGAGAGAUACGAAAUAUUUUAGAAAAAAAUUAUAAAUUUGUCAAGGAUCACACUGGAAGGGUUACGCCUGUAAAGUAUGCAACCGAAUGUACCAAGGUGCACUCGAUGCAUGGAGGAGCGAGUAGGUUUCGUUAACUUUAUAAAUUGAAAGAUAAAAUAAUUCACCGACUUAUACGACCCUACGACUAUAUUUCUCGCGUUCUUACAAAGACAAGUCAAGACAAAAAGGACUCCAUCGAGAGUGCCUACCCCAGGACAUAACAGGGCUUCGAAGUAACUGCUCAGCCUGACGGUGGUUUAGUUAAAAAUAUACUUUUAUUAAAUGUUUUAUUUCAAUUGUUAUAUAUCCAUUGUAUAAGACACGGUACAAUAAAUGUAAUUAUGUGUA